CCCUUGCCUAUCAAUGAGUUGGAGUUCUAUUUAGUUUUAUUGGCAGAAAAAUUUAAAUGAUAUAUGGUUCAAUUCACACGAUUAGAUGCUAUGGCACAUUUUAAAGCAAAAUUCGUUUAUUUAUUUACACAGAAGCCGAGGAGGAAGAUGCCAAGCAAGUGUGACCAGCCAAGCGGAGACUAAGUGAGUUUACCUGGUCACUUUAAACAGCUGAAAAAAAAUACUUAUCGAUAGAUCAAGGGCACAAUCAUUGCAAAUAGGAAAUAAAUGCAUGAAACAUGGUAAAUGUUAUGAAAGGAGUUUUGGUUGAGUGUGAUCCUGCUAUGAAACAAUUCCUGCUGCACUUGGACGAAAAGCUAGCUCUGGGGCGCAAAUUCAUCAUUCAGGAUCUGGACGAGCACCAUUUGUUCAUCUCCACGGACAUUGUUGACGUGCUGCAGGCUCGCGUGGACGACUUGAUGGACCGCAUCAGUUUUCCGCUGCACGAUAAGGACGCCUAACUUUCCACAUAUCCCACAACUUUCCACAAAAAAUCCCACUAAAAGUAACAGCGAUGACGGGUCGCGAGUCCAACCGCAUAAAGGAUGCAGAGAAGAAGCGUGUCCUGGACGUCGCCGCCCGACAGCGUCGAGCCCGCAAGGCUUUGGAGGCUCUCGAACAGGACAACUUCCACGAUGACCCACACGCCGACUUGGUUAUGUCCAAGAAGGUGCCCAAAUUUCAAGAUAACGUUAAGACCGGCAAGGAUAAGAAGAACAAACGCAAGGGCGCCGAGUACUUCCGAGCCAAGUACCGGAAGAACUUCCAGCAACUGCUCGAGGAGGAUAAGCAGCAGCCCAACUACGAGAGCGCCUCCGCCCCGCCACCACAAAAACCAGUUCGACACUUUUGCGCCGUCUGCGGAAACUUCUCUAUCUACUCCUGCACAGCCUGUGGAACCCGCUACUGCCGCGUCAGGUGCCUGAACACGCACCAGGACACGCGUUGCCUCAAGUGGACCGCCUAAUCAUGUAACAUUAAGGAAUAAAAAAAUGUCUAGAUUUAA